AUGUUCCAGGAAGUGGAUGGCCUCCCGACCGUAAAGUCGACCCUUGGCGAACCAAAUACACAACAAGUCCAAUCCGAUGGUACUGGCCCCUCAAAGGAUGGUUAUGAGGCGUGGGACCUUUCAGCAGCGCCCGUCCAGCGCCAGCCAGACCGAAGUCUGGCCGUCACCGACGAGUGCUGA